CUAAGACGCGAAUUUAGCGGGUUUUGAACGGGCUCUGGCGGGCGGGCAGGACGUCAUAUGUUGGAGGUUAGAUCCAGCUGUUGCACUUGCGCGCGUCGUUACCUUUAAGAUGCUCGGGGGAUAACAGCUCGUUUUAGCCAAACCCGACACCAUUUUACCGGAGAGUUUGGCGCGACCGCCGCUCGGGUCACCCGGUUUCACCUCCUCCCCGACGAGCAGCGGCUGUUUCUGGUUCCUUUAAGCGAAGUGGCGGAUUUAACGGCCGAGCUGAUCCCAUAAAUGUCGGAUUUGAUUAUCUGUCGGCCUACCGAGAAGUGGCGGCGGCGGCGGGGGCGAGAGGGACGGCGCGGCACGAGACGAGCCGAGACGGGGUCCGCGAGGAGGGUGCACACACCAAAUACUUUCCCUUUAAAGCAGAGAGGGACAGAGGGGGUGAAGAAGAGAUAAAAAAAGAAAAGCAAGAAAGAGCGAGAGGGAGGGAGGGCGAGAGGGAGAGCGAGUUAAAAAAAACAGAAAGAUGUCAUCCUGUCGAUUCAAACGCCGAGGCGGAGCCAUGGACCGCGGCCGACCGGGAGCGCUCUAAUUGGGGGACGAGCCCUACGCAACGCCGAGGCUUGGAACCCGACGCUGCGGCCUUUGUCGGAGCUAUCGCCAAUAAAUGAGUCCCGAACAGCCGCUGAUAUGAUUAGCACGUCUCGACUGCUCGUCAUCUGCAUUAAAAUACUUUGCAUGCAAAUUUUUAUUCCAGUAGACAUAAGCAAAUUAAAUUAAAACGCACCAUUAAAGCAAGCAUGACACCAACCAUUUUGUCGCAUUUACAGAAGCAUCUUGUCAGUGGCUGCUUGUCGCCAGCAGACUGCCAUAUUAACUCCUAUCUCCUGGCAGCGUGAACACUAAUAAGACAGCUCCGGAGCUUUUCUUCCUCCCCCCCCUCCUCCUCGGUCCCCAGCUGGGUCGCCCGCAGUCCUUCAGGAUGGAUACCUCCUGGAGUAAUUUCCUCUUUCAGACGGCGCCGACUCAGAGCCAGCCCGAGACGCCUCUUCAGUCGGAGCUGCUGCCUGAGCUCACCGGCUCGGCUCAGAGUCCUCCGGCCGAGCACAUCGUGACGCCGCCGUCCACGGUCGACACAGCCGCUCUGAGCGAGGAGCCGCUACCAGUCAAACCGCUCACCAAGCCCAGCCGGCCCGCCCACAUUUGCGCCACCUGCAACAAGGAGUUCAAGAACAGCUACAACCUGCGGCGGCACCAGUCGGUGCACACAGGCAUCAAGAUGAAGGACCGAGCGGCCCGGGAGAAGGAGGACGGAGCGAAGGCCGGACGGGUGGAGAAGCAGACGGUGCCGCUCUCCCUCCUCCACCUCACCCUGCCCCCGCAGCCGCCUCCUCCCUCUUCCACGGCUCCCGGCCAAGAGACCCUCCCCCAGCCCGGUCAGCACGCCAACCAGGAGGGCCAGCCGGUGUCUGUGUCAAUCGCCCCGGCAACAGUAACCAUGGCUGCGCCGCCUCAGCCCAUCCAGGCAGCUGUUGUUGUUGUCGGGUCCAUGGAGCAGAAUCCCAAUCCUAAUCCCAUUCCCAACACCAACCAGGUGAGGAAGAACCACGCCUGUGAGGCCUGCGGAAAGGCCUUCAGAGACGUCUACCAUCUCAACCGCCAUCGGCUGUCCCACUCGGACGAGAAGCCCUACUCCUGCCCCAUCUGCCAGCAGCGCUUCAAGAGGAAAGACAGGAUGAGCUACCACGUGCGCUCACACCAGGGCGGUGUGGAGAAACCGUAUGUCUGUCCACACUGUGCCAAGGCCUUUUCUCGACCGGACCACCUCAACAGUCACGUCCGACAGGUGCACUCCACAGAGAGACCGUUCAAGUGCACGACGUGCACGUCAGCGUUCGCCACACGGGAUCGUCUCCGUGCUCACCUGAUUCGCCACGAGGAGAAGGUGCCGUGUCACAUCUGUGGGAAGCUGCUGUCGGCCGCUUACAUCACUGACCACAUGAGGGUCCACAACCAAUCACAGCACCACGCCUGCCACCUCUGCAAUCGCAGUUUCACCACCCUCACAUACCUGCGCGUCCACGCUCAGAAGCACCACGGCCAGGAGUGGAAGGAGAGCGGCGGGGCGCGCGGGGCUUUUGGAGGGACGGGGGCCGGUGGGGUGCUGCUCUGCCAGCUCUGCGGGGUGCAGUGCAAGACGGCCACGCAGCUCCAGGGUCACAUGGGCACCCACGCCAACCAGGGUGACCCCACCCCCGACCAGACGAGCGCGGGGCCCGUGGGCACCACCAGCGUGGCGGUGACGGUGUCCACUGCUAGCACAGUGGGACUGCUGGUCACUGACUGCUCCAGUAUCGCCCCCCAGCCCCACAGCUAGCACGCUGAGGGGCAAGGGGGGGAGCUGGGGGUGGGACUGGGAGGGGUCAGGGAUGGAGGUGGGGGGAGUCUGUGGAGUUGAGGCAACAGGAAACAAGGACACAUGGAGGAGAGGACUGAAAGAAGAGCAACCAGAGCAGAUUAUUUCCUAACAGGCUGCCAUGACUGGAUCGAGAGACUCUGCCUCGACUUCUUGAUGAUUUCAUAAGGACGGCGACCUUUCUGGAGCCUCGUUUGUUUCUGUAAAUUCGCCUCCAUCAGCUGAUCUGCCUCCAACACCGGGAGACGCUCUUAGCGCUCACGCUACCAACUCUGAAGUCCUGCGGGGCCGGAGGAGAGACUGCAGACCAGUUAUUAAUUAGUGUGUACUUUUAUUCUCCUGGCUUAGCGGUUCACUGUCAUCGUUUUGUUGUUUUCAUUUUCGGCCACUCCUGAGUUUGUAAAGCCGCCGUCGCUGUUUUUACACCAUUUCUAAUCCAUGAUCUCAGUGUUUAAUAUGGGAACCUGACCUGAAGACCUCAGUAACACCAUUAUCGCAGUUUCUCUUCUAAUUUAUUACCGAGCCGUGUGCGGUUUGCCUCUGAGCGCGGAGCGAGUGUUUCUGACGGCCCCCGCUGUACAUACACACUUUUAUAAAGCUGAUAAAGGCAGACUGAUGGUUGUUUGUGUAAAGUCCCUCUGAACACUGAAUGUGCAAAACUUCUCUGCUUCAUAUGAUCUUCGUUCUUACUCUGGAUGCUGAUUUGUAACUCUUUAAAUUGCCAUGUAAUUUGUAGCUACUUUGGUGACACAUUUUCUGUGGCUGUGCAUAUUGAUUGUACUUGAUGCAUAGUGCAUAGCGCCUCGUUACUAUUACUGUAUUAAAAGGCAGUAAAAUGCAUGUGUGGAUUCAAGUUCAGAUGAUCUUCACGGGUGUCUGGGUGAUUGCUGAGUUUACGUGGACACAUUAAAGGUGCCGGUGGGCCGCGGUCAGAGCAGCUUCUCUGCAGCUCUGCUGGAUCAACAGCCUGUUUACUCUGAUUUAACUGCUUAUAAGAAGCGUUUGAUUCAGUGUGAGCUUUAAAACUAGUGAAGAUCACAGCUGUAGCGUGAUGAUUUAAUGUAUGAUAAUGAUUUUCUUUUGCAGCUUUUUGUUUGCCUUUUAUUUGUCCCUUUAUCUGCUGUACUGCGUGUGUGCUUUUUAAAAAAAUAUUUUUAAAUUUUUUUAUGUUUUUAAUGUUUAAACAUAUAAGAUAUUCUU